UAAACACAAAUAUAAAAAGAACGGUUCUUUUCGUUCUUUACUCCACAGUCCACAAUCGAGCAACAUUUCAGCCUAAUUUUAUCAAUUUACGUCAAUUGGCAGUGCUUUCCUCGUCUCCAAAGCACCAACAUAAUUUACACAAAUUAAAUUCAGAUGGUGGCGCUGAUUAAUUUCCAACCGAUCCACAGAGCAUAUCAUACAGGGUUAUCAGUUUUUCCCGAUGAUCCACGUUCUGCUAGCUACAGACGACGGCGAUGGGACAGCGGCCGGGGUAACCGCACUCUCCGGUGUGGCAUUGCAGAGCCGUCGGGACAGCCGGCACCGAUGGGGCAGAAGACGAAGUACAAUGACGGGCUGUUCGAGAAGGUAUUCAUGAGUCUGUUUGCUCGGAAAAUGGAGAAAUUUGGGGGUAAAAAGGGGUGGCCAUCGGAGGUGAAGGGGAAAGGGUGGUUUGGGUAUGACUAUGAAAGCUUUGUGGAGCUGUCGAGAAGAGUGAUGCAAGGAAGGAAUCGGCCGCAGCAGCAACAAGUGGUGCGGGAGGUGCUACUUUCCAUGCUUCCACCUGCUGCUCCGGCGCAGUUUAGGAAGUUGUUCCCACCAACAAAAUGGACAGCAGAGUUUAACGCAGCAAUAACAGUUCCUUUCUUCUACUGGCUAGUUGGACCAUCCGAGGUUGUAGAAGUGGAGGUGAACGGAGUGAAGCAAAAGAGUGGAGUACUAAUAAAGAAAUGCAGGUACCUGGAGAACAGUGGAUGUGUAGGAAUGUGUGUUAACAUGUGCAAAUUUCCUACUCAAGACUUCUUCACCAAAGAAUUUGGACUUCCUUUAACUAUGAAUCCAAAUUUUGAAGAUAUGAGUUGUGAGAUGGUGUACGGGCAAGAACCACCCCCAUUUGAACAAGACCCGGUGGCCAAACAGCCUUGUUUAGCUGACAUUUGCUCUAUGGCCAACCCCAGGUCCAGUGUUUGUCAUAAACUACAAGCUUAAGUCAACGGGACAGAUAUAUAUCUAUGCAUUUUUAUGUAUAAUCUUAACAACACUUGUAUUAGUUGUAUAUCAUCACCUUGAAUCUCAAAGAGAUCAAUUUAAAGUUAGGAGUUCUGUACCUUACUUAAAACUCUAUCCUUGGUACUCCUAUUAAAUUGAGGAAAUUUCUACGGUACCUUCAAAAAAUAUUGAUGUACCGGUACCUUAACCUCGGUAGCCAAUCAGAUUCUAUUUUAAAGCCACGUUACAUCCUAGUCAUCAAUAUAAUAAAUUUUAUUAUUUGCAGCAUAGUCCCUUAUAAAUAACUCCCACAUUUCAACGUUUGUUAACCGCUCUGUCAUUGCCGUCAGUUCCUGCAACCUCUUUUCCAGUUUCCUUUGGGACUUCUACGUCAAACGGAAAACAUGAAACCAGAAGCCAAUCAAACACCUACGUGACACAAUGGAUGGCAGCCAUUUUUAAAAAUCGAAGGAUUCCCAUUUUCUAUUGAAACAAGAAAAACACUUCAAAUCCUCUUGACUUGUCCAGAACAGAUGAUAAGAUGCUUUCCAUCAUUUCUCUUUGUAAAAAAGAGAUCAGAAGAUGGAGCCACAACCACAUAACAACAAAGAUGCUUGUCAUCCUUCCUGUCACCGGAGACUAGUUCACAGAUUGGAAGCACCCAAGCACACAAGUUUAGUCCUCAUUUUGGCUGAUGUUUGAGUUUGUUUCAUCGGUGAGUUUGAUGUAGCCGCACAAAACAGGCGGAGUGAUUUUUGUGUGGAACUGACGGAAGUAUCGUGUGUGACGGAGCAUCCAGUCGUUAGCAAACUUUAAGUAUUUCAUUUAUUUAUCAGGGCCUAAACUGCAAUUAAUAAAACUUAGUUUAGUAAUCUGAGUACGAUCCUAACGUGGCUUACUACGCUAAUGUGAUUAGCGAAAAUGUUAAUGCACCGGUACAUCUUUUAUUUUUGAAUGCACCGUAGAAGAACCCUUAAAUUGAC